AUGAUGGCCCAUAAUUUUGUGGCCCAAUUCCCCGUCGUCUCGAAAAGCGACUUGAUGUACGGCAACAGAUGCUCGAUCUGCCGCGAGAUUUAUGGGACGAAUAUUACCGGCAGUGGCAUUAUCUGCGAGGACGCGAUUCGCUUGCCAUGUGGGCACGAAUUCGGCCAUGCGUGUAUUUCUUCUUGGCUCUCACCCGAGGAAGGUAAAAACACCUGCCCCCUCUGUAGAUAUGAGCUCUUUCCCGCUGCGCCAGAAGUUGAAGAUGGGUUUGUACCAUCACAUGACGCCAUCGAGGAAGACUGGGAUAACAUGGCAACAGAGCUAGAUUCGGAACUUUCCGCGAACGGCAUCGUGCAUCGAUCCCGGCAUUUUCGGGACUGGCUCCUAUACUCGCAGCUCCAGGGUCAGGGCGCGAAUCUCCCUCCCUGGCGCCCGAGUAGCACCAACCUCGGUCCACGCCUCGGACCUUCUCAGGAGGAAGCGCUCUUCCAUGAACUUCGACGGAGAGGAGCCUUCCGUGUGCUUCCGGUUCCGGUGGGGUUGUUGGUAUCUGACCGCGAUAUCUGGAUUUUUCUCCGAGACCACGGAUACUCUUACGAUCCUGUCUACGCCGCGACGUCAAGCGGCUGUGCAUGGUCUCAGACCUAG